AUGGCUGCACACUACGAAGACAACAAAGUGGCCAACAACCAUGUCAAUUCCAAUGGUGUCGAGGUUGAGAAACCUCUCGACAGCCAAAAGGAGUAUGUGGUUGACGAGGAAGGCAGAGCCAUCCCCAUUGAUUACUCCGGCGCUCAUGAGAAGUCUGAUCCUGCUGAGAUCGCUUUGGUGAAGAAGCUCGAUCGGUGGAUCAUGCCCACUCUCUGGAUCAUGUACUGGUUGAACUAUUUGGAUCGCAAUGCCAUCGCCCUGGCUCGUCUCAAUGACCUCGAGGAUGAUCUCGGCUUGAGCUCAACACAGUACCAGACCUGCGUGUCCAUCCUGUUCGUCGGUUACCUUCUCGGCCAGAUCCCGUCCAACAUGCUCUUGACCCGCGUGCGGCCCUCAUACUACAUGUCUGGCUUCAUGGCUCUCUGGGCCGUCGUCUCUACCCUGACAGCUGUCUCGAAGAACUUCACCGGUCUCUUGCUCACCAGGUUCUUCCUGGGAGUGACAGAAGCCCCGUACUACCCUGGCGCGCUGUUCAUGCUCUCGAUCUUCUACACCCGCAAAGAAAUCGCCACCCGAAUCUCCAUCCUCUACACGGGAAACAUCCUCGCCACUGCCUUCGCCGGUCUGAUCGCUCUCGGCAUUUUCGAGAUGGACGGCAUGGCCGGCCUUGCAGGCUGGAGAUGGCUCUUCAUCAUCCAGGGUGUGGCCACAUUCGUUGUCGCCCUAGGCGCCGUCUUCACACUCCCCGACCACCCCCUUAACACCAAAUGGCUUACUCCCGAAGAGCGCCAGCUCGCUCACGACCGCAUCGAGCGCGACACCGUGGGCAACAAGGCCGCGACUUCCAGCGUCAAGGGUCUCCUAGAGGCUGCCCGCGACCCCAAGCUCUGGUUGUUCGCAUUCAUGCAACACAUGCAUUUGGCCGCCAACGGAUUCAAAAACUUUUUCCCCACCGCCGUCGAAACCUUGGGCUUCAACCGCACCAUCACCCUCGUCCUCACCUGCCCACCUUACCUCAUCGCUGGAAUAAUUUCCGUCUUCUGGUCCGCGUCCUCUGGCAAAUUCAACGAGCGCACCUGGCAUAUCACCUCCGCCAAGGCCGUCGCCAUCUUCGGCUUCGUCCUAGGCUGCGCGACCCUCAACACCGGCGCAAGAUACUUCGCCAUGGUCGUCUUCUCCAUCGGAACCUACGCAGUCAACUCGAUCAUCCUCGGCUGGGUCGGCUCCACCUGCGGACAGACCAAGGAGAAGAAAGCGUGUUCGCUCGCCAUCGUCAACACCAUCGCCAAUGCGUCGUUUAUUUGGACUCCUUACCUCUGGCCAACGACCGAUGCCCCGCGCUACACCAUUGCCAUGUCGAGCUCUGCCGCCUUUUCCGUGGCUACCGCUGCGGGCGCCUGGGCCAUGAAAGUCUGGCUCAUCCGCACAAACAAGAAGAUCCGCCAGAGCUCCGAUGAGACGACGCUCUUCUACGCUUACUAG